AUGGGAGGCGUUUCCCGAAGUCAAUCUGCCCUAUGCCAGACGUGUGACGUGCGUGUCUGCCGACCGACCCUGAACCUGAAAGCUGCAGCACAGCUACUCUUUUCUUCUGCGUCAAUUUGGGGUCGAUCUGGUCAAAUCAUGGACUGGCACAGCCCACUCUCAGAAAACUCCGUAGAUUUUGUCGGCAAAGACAAAAACGCUGUAAACCUUUCCGCUAGGAUAUCUCCGCGUCAACCACAAAGCCCAUGGUUUUCGAGGUAUACGACUGGCGAAGAUCAACCCCAGUACAUGGAUAGAGCCAUCCCGUACUACGGUACACUUGUCUUGUCGCAGUUUGUCGCAGUUUGUGUCGCUGCUGCUGCCCAUGUCUGCGUGCGCUCCGAAAUGCCAAUACUCCUCAGCUUUAGAAAAUACAUCUCGUUGUCUAUUGUCUAUCGGUUCUUCCCCUUGCACGGGCAAAUAGCUAGUCCUACUCUACACUCUAAUCUACACUGA